GAAUAGUAUUAGUAACUCGGGUGCAUGUGGUUGCAUGACUAUUUCACUGCCCUGUGUCUAUGUAAAUAUUAAUUGACAUCACAAUAAUCAACAGUGGUGGUAGCUAGCUGGCGGUCAGGCAGCAGAGCAGCAUGGACUCGGAAGUUGAUCGCGAGAUCAGGAAAAUCCGAAAGAAACUCCGUCAGAUAGAGCGACUGAGAGAGAAAGCGGAGGACCUCACGCCCGACGAGUAUCAAAAAAUCCAAGCCAGAGGGGAGCUACGCGCCAAGCUGCAGUCACUGCUGUCGUCAUGCCCACAGGCAGCACAGCGCGCCGCAUCGCACGCACUACAGGCCACGGGCAGCGCAUCAUCGGCGGCGGCGGCAACGACAGCUACCUUGGCAACACCGUUCCGAAGCUCAGCGCAGGCCGCCAGCUGUAGUGCCGAUGACGGGGCAGCAUUAACGGCAACACUGACUGAUGAUUGUAGCUACUCAGACUUGGAUAGCAGUGCAGCUGAUCUGGAUUCGUCAGCAGCAAGCUUCAACUGUAGCAGCGUCCUGACGUCGGAUGUUCAGGAAUAUACGCGUGACUGUACGGAGAGCACAGAUGAGCAGGCUGGCUCUGCCAUCGCCACUGCCACCGCUACUGCCACCGCUACUGCACUCACACCACCUGAACUGCAUCACUCAGCAGGCAACCAGGACAGCGUCAGUGCCACACAGGCAACUGGCCAUGCCGCCUCCGCUACCCAGGCCACUGGUGAUGCCGCCUCUGCCACUCACAAGCAAGCCACCAAGAAAUCAUCUCGCCCCGCCAAGACGACAGCGUCAGCGAAUGCCGAGGCUGCUCAGGGCGGCAAGGAGCAGAAGCAUAAGUCGAGCGAGGAGCGUUUCCGGGAGGCACUGCGCACGGCUCGCCUCGGCUGGGAGGCAUCACGCCUGCAGGUGACCGAGCUGGGUGAUGUCAACGAUCGCGGUGAUAUGGGCCUGACGUGUGUCGACUGUCGGGAUGACGUCGUCGUUACGGGAGGCCGUGACACGACUGUACGCGUCUGGAGUGUCUCAACGUCCAGCGAAGUGCACUCACUGACUGGGCACAAGGACACGGUCACGUGUGUCUGUCUACUGCCAGCCAACUCACCCGUACCGGAAGACACGGGCGUUGCCACCGCGGUCGGUCCCACUGACAGCGACCGUCAUGCGGUGACUGGAUCGCGAGACUGCACCGUGCGAGUGUGGAACAUAACGAGUGGCAGACAGCAGCGCUCUCUCUACACGUACGCACCCGUGCUGUCCAUGUCCUGGACCAGGACGGUGCUGGCUACUGGAGCAGACAGUGGUCGUGUGCAGCUGUGGUCUUGGCCGGAUCUGGCAGAGCUUUGCUCUCUGCGCGUGCAUGAAGACGCCAUUACAUGUGUCCAACUACACAGUCGGUUGCUGGUGACUGGUGAUGCCCCAGGUGUCAUCAAGCUCUGGCAGAUGAGUGCUGACAUGCGCACAGCACAACCACUCCAAUCUACCGUGUCCUCGGUGCGCGGUUCACCUCUCAAGCCUCAACCUACCAAACAAGGGCAGCAGGAGAGGAGGACAGCAUCUACACUAUCACCACCGUCGUCGUCGACAACCAGCUAUCGUCCCAUCCAGUGUAUGGCCAUGCCUAGCAAGCAGUACCUGGCCUGGGGUGACGACGGCGCCAAUCUGAAGAUGUUCCACCUGCCGUCCGGCAACGUGGCCAAGUUCCCCAACCAUCUGGGUUCGUUCGGACGUACGGACUGCCUGGCCGUGUCGGAUGACGGCGAGCUUCUUCUCUCGUCGGCGUUUGACUUGGAUACCGGGGAAGCUUACGUGAAUAUUCGCUCGGCGUCCACCAUGCAGUACUUGGCGACGCUGCAUGCCACCGACCCAGACGCGCUCUGCCUCGGCCACGUGCGCUCCAUAGCGUGCACGCGCGUUCCCACGACGACGGCGAGCACCGCCGCCAGCAGCACCACCGCUAGCAGUGCCGGCACCGGUGCUGAAAGCCGACAUCGCUGGUGCGUGGUGGGUGACAACUUCACCGUGUUCGAUGUCAUCCCACCGGCCACCUCAUCUUCAGACAAGACGUCCAAAAAGAAAGGCGCAAAGAAAACCGUUGCGGACAAGGAGGAGAGUGACUUCCGCUUCAUCUUUGUGCCCGCACUGGCCGGUCGUGCUGCUGACAGUGAUGUUGAGUCUUCAUCGGACGACGAUGACGACGACCACAGCGCCAAUGCUGCUGCUCAGGCGCCGUCGAGCGAAGACUUUGAAGCGGAUACGGAGGACGACGCGACGAUGAUGUCGACAACGGCCGCGGGGCCUCGGAGACGACGACGCAAGCGACGGGACGGCCAGCAGGCGGCCGCGUUGCUGCAGCAGCAGGCACCGCAGGGCUGGUGGUUCAUGAGAUGGUGCACUAUUCUGUAAGCCCAGUAUAGUUUCCAGUGCUGGGAGGAUCUCUGAUCAUUGUCCAGGGACUACUUCGAAGUAGUACAUCUGGCAACCCCGUCGCAGGUAACGCUAUGCCAAUCUUCGGUGUACGAUCAUACAUCUGCUCUGUCAGGAGUUGUGAUGAAGACUCCUGUCACUACUACUCGCUGAUAGUGUCCUCCACCCGCCCCUGCCUCCUAGGCUGGAUGAAAUCGAACUCAGCAAGUCGCGUGGUCAUGACCCCCUCUCCUGCCUACCCACUGCCCAUACUGUAAUCUAUCUUUUUCUGCUGUGUGUGGAGAUUACCUAUACCCUGUGCCAUGCUCAUGAACUGCGGAAUAUUGCAAUAUAGCUAUAUUCGGCUGUAUGUGUGUGUCACGCCAGACACACUGCGCUAGCGUCACUGAACAUUACGAUGAGUGUGUGCUCUCCAUGUAAUGCCUGCACACACAGAGUUACACUGCGGCAUUGCACUCACCAGCAGCUGUGGACUGCUGUGCUGUGGACAGCUGUGGACUGCUCCUCUUGGCAGUAUAUAACCACUGUACAUGCGGUCAUUAUGCUAAUACUGUACGGUUGCUCAGUGAAUCCCGAUUGCGUGAGCCCUGCACCCGUUCAACAUCCCAGUGUUUGUUUGCAGGUCUAGCUAGUUGUAGGGCUGCGCAGCGCCCGGCGUGGCUUUAAAAUUGUAUUGCAUUGAGCAGCAGUGUACUGUCAGUACUGUAGGUAGUACUGCCGCCUACUGACCUGCAUUGUAAAUACGUCGCAUCACUUUGAUCGUUCAGAUCUGCACAACAGCGUGUUUCUUCUAUGUUUCUUUAACCCCCGAUUCCUAUUUCGCCUUAACCACCAGGGAGUCGUAAAAUUCUUACUUUACGACUGCCUGCUUAGCACCGUGUGGUGCCGCUUCUGUUAUGCAUGUACAUGUAGCCGAUGUUGUAUUUUCCUGACUGGAGAUAUUUUGGAACAAGCAUUCAAAGUUUAACCAACUUCCUGAUAAACUUCCUUGGAAGGCUGAAUUAUUUUAUUCUUCGUGCGGAUAGCUGUUCUUACCGAGAGUACA